GUAUUAUACUGCACGUCAGUCAGUGUCGGUGAAGUAGAGCACAACCUCUUGAGAAUCAAUCUUUCCUUCUAGCUCUUUCUCUGACAUGAUAAAGCAAGAAUUGCAGAUCGAGUGAUGCUAUGUAACGCUUUUAAGACGCGCAACGGCGAGGCAGGAAGCAAGCAUUGUUCGACUUGCCCAAUAUUAUUUCCUAGUCAACCAUUCUCCCGGCGUCUCACUUGGCACUAUUCCUUGCGGUCGUGUAUAGUGGUAAAAGUACACUUGCGUUGCUCCCGGACAACUUGAAGGAAUUACACGGUCAGGUGCGCAUCUAAAACGUCAUAAUGUACAACAUAGCUUGGGACAUCGUAUCAGGAUCGGCGAUUAAACACUCAGUCCUUCACUUCCUCAUCCGCUCUUUCUCCUUGUCUUUCAUCUUUGUUUUGGCCGAGCACAUCAUGUCGGAUGUUCGAGCAAAGUAUCUGGCAUGUAACUCGGAGAUAUAUGGCAUCCUAGUAACCACUACUUUCGUCUUGCCCGCUUGGAACGAUACGAUCCAGCUGCUGACCUUUACGGGCGUCGUUCGCGUCGUGGACGACGCAGGGCAGAACAAGGAUCCACCGACCCUCUUCACCAGACAUCUAAUAGCCACAUUCGCCGAGGCUCUCAGCUGUCGAUUUCUCUCCAAUUUACUCUCCUCAUCAGCAACUUCCCGGUUCAGUUGCACUGGCCCGCACCGUGGUUUAGGCAUCCCGGCCCACGUCAACUCAGCUCUCUCGUGGCUCCGCAUGUUUCGGGCACGAGAUGAGAGGGUACAUUCCGUUUUCAUCUUCUGGCCUACCGCUAACGCUAUCUUCAGGGCAUCGGUGGUUGCUGGCAUCCACAUCGGGACCUAG